GUGUGUGUGUGUGUGUGUUCACCUCUAAUAAUUAAAGGCUGAUGGCGCGCACCUGAGGCUCCAGAGCGCGAGGAACCGUCUGAGGGCUUCCCGAGCACUUCGUAACGUUCUGAACUUCACUGUCUCCACCACUAAGGUGUAAGUGGCAUCUUUAGCUAGAAAAUGUUGCCUCUACCUCUCAGGCCCCUCGUGUCUCUCUCAGCACUGGCUCUGCUCAGCUGGUGCUGGUACACCAUCAGAAGGAGGAGGAGGAACCUUAUAUAUCAGGUUAGGGAAGAUGAAACUGCCCCAAUUGCCAACAUGCAGAGCCUGAAGGAGGACUUGGUGGAGCAAGAAACUGCUACAGAUGUGGGUAGGACAUCACAGGAUUUGAAGCCAUAUCACCAUUUGCACCCUCUGGAGAAGCAAGAACAGGAGGUUUCUAUGAGUUCUGGUGAUUCCAUUGACCAGAAUUUGAACCUAGAGUUUUCAGAUUGCCCUCAUGUUAGCAGCCCUGCCUUAGAUAAGUUGCCUGUCCUGCCUGGAGCCUCACCAGCCAUCAUCACCGCUUCCUCUCCAACUCUACAGCCUCUGAAAGGAGAUCGCCCUGAACCAGAAGGGGAGGUUUCAGAGGCUCAGGCAUCUGCACUUGUUGCCGAAAAGCUGGAAACGGAGACGGAAAAAGACAGUAUCGCUUCUAAAGGCCAUACAGACAUUGUAACUGAUGAGAUUAGUCCCUCCUGGCCUGAAUCUGAUACUAUCUCUUCAGUACAACAAUCUCCAAUGACCAUCUGCUCCAAAGCUCAUGAACUCCCUAGUCUGCCUGAUAACCUGAGUGAAGAGGAAGUGGAGCAGCUCAGUUAUAGCUUGGUCAAGGAGGCCAUCCGUGCUGCCACUGAAGAGAUCUUGGCCACUGGUGAUAUUAGUUUAAAAAGGAAAGACCAAGAGGAGCCAAGGGAAACCUUACUGAUAGACAUCCAGACUGAUGCCCAAGGUUUAAGAGACAUCAACAAGAUUGAAGGUUUGUCUGUGAAAGAGGGCAAAGCGGUGUGUAGUUCUGUGCCUAAAACACCACGGGAAGAUUAUUGCACCCUCAGCCACACAGCAAAGGGAGGUGUCUCUUCAGUAGACAAUCCGAGUGACCAGUCAAUGAGUCCUUCAAUAUUCCAAGCUGGAGAGGAUUCUGGAUGUAGUACGUGCUAUUCAGAGGAUGGGAUGUUGGCGGAGGAAGCAACUGCCAGAGGAGAGCUUUCGUCAGGCUUUACAGAGGAGGGAAUCUACUCAUUUGUUUCAGAUGCUUCUGAAAGUAAAAAUCAAGAAACUUACCAUGGCACAGAAGAAGGAAAUGGAAAACCCCCAAAACAAAACGCAGAUGCCUCAAAAGGUGCUAACGAUGUAACAUGCAUGAAUGGAGAGAACAGGGUCGACAGCAGCGAAACUGCUCAUUUCUCAAGCUCGGCCCUCACUCUCUGGGACGUAGAAGUGCCAGCGCACCUUGUCGGGCGAUUAAUUGGAAAACAAGGGAAGCAUAUUGGCUUCCUGAAGCAAAUCUCUGGUGCGAAGAUCUAUGUGUCCACUCUGCCUUACACUCAUGAGUUUCAGAUCUGUCAUAUAGAGGGGACAAAAGUGCAGGUGGAAAACGCACUGACGCUAAUCAGAAAGAAGUUUAAAGAUUUGGAUUUGAGCAACCGCCGAUGCCAUGUACAGCCUCUUCCUUCGCUCCCCAUCACCUCCUGGCUGCUGCUACCUCAGGACCGUCCGGUGGAGGUAAUUGUGCCACGGGUCGAAGCACCAAACUACCUGUUUGUGCAACAGCACACUCACCCAACUUACUAUGCCCUGCGCAGCCUCAAUGAACAGAUGCUCUUCUGCUACUCCCGCCCGGGAUGCCCCAGCCUGCCCACUCCAGUAGAAGCGGGGGUGGUGUGUGCGGCCCCCUCUGCAGACGGCGGCUGGUGGAGGGCUCAGGUUAUCCAGCACUACAACGACUCAGACACCGUACAGAUCCGAUAUGUGGACUACGGUGGCUACAUUACGGUUAACCUCAGCACCCUCAGACAGAUAAGAUCAGACUUUGUGGCAUUGCCUUUCCAGGGGUCUGAAGUUAUGUUAGAAAAUAUUGCACCUUUGCCAGGCAAGGAGGAGUUUUCACUCGAGGCCAAAGAAGCUCUUGAAGAAUUAACACAAGGGGUUCCUUUAAUCAUAAAGGUCACAGGCAGUCAGAGUGGACUGCCCUUGGUGCAUAUGUGGCGGCAGGCAGGAGAGGAGAUGAUUUCGGUGAAUGGGCUGCUGGUUGAGCGUGGACUUUGCUCAUGGUUAGACAGCCACUGAUGACCCGUUUAGCUCUCACGUAAUCUCCCCUUCAUCUGUCUCUAAACUGGGUUUCACCUGGUCUCCACACUCGUGCGCGUGUAUACACACAGAGGUGCUCUUUGUAAUACGUAUUGUAAUGUUAUACGCAGUUCAGUUUUUCAUGGCAGUUACGUUCCUUUGCCUUGUUGCAACUGUUUAAAGGUCAUGUGCAAAUUAACUUUAAAAACUCCUUGUUUGAGCAAAAA